AUGUAUGUGAAAUGGUUUGAUACAGUAAUGUUUUACUAUGUGAUUUUAGUGUAUUUAGUGAAUGUCACUUUUUGUCAUUUUCAAAUCUCCCGCUGUUCCAUCCCCGUAUGUCCUGACUUCGCAGGGGACGGAACCCAGAAGACUGAUGCCGGCAUCCGCCGGGGGACAUUGCGGGGACACUGCAGGAGGGACAUCGUGGGAGAGCAGGACAAGGUAAGUGAAGAACAGAUCCCGGAGCAGCGCCGCAUGGUAAGCCCGAGUGUAGCUCGGGGUUACUGCUUGUGCUACACUCGGGAAUACCGUCAGGGAGCUGCA